AUGGCAGAACAAAGCUACAGCCGGAGCGAGCGGUGCCAACAGGGUCGGGAAGAGCUGCUCCGCUACGCCAUCUGGAACACCUGGCGUAUGCAGGGCGGCGAUCUUCGUCCUUACGUCGAUCAGCCUUCUGUCGACGUUGGUACUGACCCUAACAGCGCCUUAGGUGGAGACUUAUCCUCGAGCGGGUCCAGUACGAGCAGCAGUUCCGAGGACUGGCACUGGGUCUCCACGUCGGAGGGGGGAGCGAUUUUAGGAUCUACCAGCGCGCCCUGCUUGUAUUGUGACAUGGAGUCAGACGAGACUUGCCCCAGCGGAUGUUACGAAUGUGAGAAGGAGAGAGGCGGUACCGCAGGCAAUCCAGACAAUGUUGGACGCUGGUCAGAAAUGGACGGAACAGAAACUACGGAGGAGUGCCUGUGCUGCACUGCCGUAGCUUGCGACGUUUCUGGAUCUAAACAACAAAGCAAAAUGGUAGCCUACUUCGAGGAUCCAAUAAGGAAACGUGCACGGGAAGCGCAGGAGCGGAGUAAGAAAUGCCAGGAGCAGCGGCAGCAUCUGCUUCGAACUGCCUUAUGGAACAGCUGGUGCGCCAAGAGCAGAGCACUCUGCCAGGAGCCAGAGAUUGGUGGCUCGAUAUCUGAGUCAAAUGAGACUAUGAAGUCAGAAACAGGUGAACUGCUAUCGCUCCCACAGGCCGUAGCACAUCGUGCUUCUGACAGUUCCCCUGCAGUCGGAGAAUGCAGUUGUGCAAGCAGCACCUUCCACAAAGAAGACAGUUCUAGCGAGCCGUUGGGCUGCGCCUCGAGCAAAUCCAGUGAUUGGUCAGGAGAAAACGACAUGGUGAAAGCACACUCUGAAAGCAAUGGCGUCGAAGAGUCUUCCAAUAGCUUUUGCAUCACCAGUUUUGAAGACUGCACUGAAUUGCAUGACAUGUCGUGUGGAAACAGCUGUUCUGACUCAGAAUAUUCUAGCAGCGACGAGUCCGAUUUCAGCUGGUCAGACUAUGAGGGGUCUGACGAGUUCGACGAGACUGAUGAGUGA